AUGACUGGCCUGCUCCAAAGCUGGACGAUAAUCUGGGCGGCCGUUUUGCUGCUGCACUACAGCCCCGUCCCGGAUGCUCGUCGCCGACGUUGUACCGAGGUGCCGCAGGAUGACGGAGAGUACGAAGAAGGCGGGCUGAUCUGGCAGCGAUAUCCACAGCGUGACUUUGUGGCGCGGCUGGCGUGGACGUCUGAUUUGCUCAUCAGCUUCCGUGCCGUGGGCUGGCAAGUCGCUGUAGGAGUUGCAUGGCUCGCUUUGUUUCGGAACAUUCUGAUGUUCCAGACUGUCUUGAAAAUCGCAGAGCGCCUGGAAAAGGGACUCUUUGGAUUGCAGCUGCAAGUUGUCAAUACAGUGAGCUGGAUUGCCACCAGUGUGCCAUAA